AUGAGUGCCAACAACUGUGGAAAGUUAGUUUCAAUAGCUGCAACAGAGUGGACUGCAUUGCGCGAUGUUUAUCGCCGAGACUGGCCCUUGAAUGUUUACAGUUACUAUGCAUUGGAAAACUACCUAAACUGGUUGCGCAAAGACCCUGAACUAUGCGAACGAGAAGUACGUAUUUGGAGCGUGGAUGAUAAUUGGCGGGAGCAUGGAAUUUACAUUUUACAGGAUCGCACGAACUUCGCACGUACAGUCAGAGCGGAUGUAUGUUCCCCGGAAUAUAUCACACUUUAUCAGUUGGUUUUAGAUUAUUUAGAUGCAUUACCUUAUACUGAGCUACUUUUUCGCGAUAAAACUUGUACAGCUGUUAAAAAGUAUAUCGAGCAGUUAGGGUAUACACCGAACCUAGAGGAAUGUUAUCCAGCAAGAUUAUAUCACCUGAGCAAGAAAGAUUGUCUCAAACUUGAAGUGAAACAAUGUUCAGAUUUCAUUAUACAACCACUCAAGUUGACAGAUGCCGAAGAAGUUAAUGACUUCUGGCCAUAUAAAGGACUCGGCACUCAAUAUAUCGUCGAACGCAACAUAAAAUACAAUCUCACUUUAGGUGCUUACCAUCACGACAGCGGGGAAUUGUGCGCUUGGGUAUUGUAUAGCGAACUGGGCACAAUAGCAUUUUUGUAUGUCAAAGCCCCUUAUCGGAGACGCGGUCUGGCUGAGGUUCUGGUAAGGCAAAUGUGCCGUGCAUUGGCCGGCCAAGAUCACGACGCUAUGGCUCACAUUGAGGACACAAAUGAGGCAUCGACCAAGCUUUUUACAAAGCUAGGAUUCCAAGCUAUUGAGUAUAAUUAUUGGUUUAUAAAAGCACAUUUUGCAAACACAACACAAGUUCAGCAGGCAGAGGUUUUGGUUGGGCAAACUAUGAAGCACGGUUAAGGGUCAAUUUGAAUAAAUAUUUUAGAGUAAA